AUGUCUCCUCCGCGAGCAACCACGAAUCUGGUGUCAGAAUUAGCAAGCGAGUCGUUUGUUCGAAACCAUGACGGCGAGGACGUGAUAGACGUCGACUCCACUCCCGAUCGUUGCGGUGGUCUUUACCCAGCUACCAUGGGCAAAAAAAGCGAUGUCAAAAUCGAUCGCAAGUUCAUCGCCAACAUUCAGGUUUCCUUCGAACUCCACAAAGAGACCGGCGAGAUCAUGCUGGUUGACCACUCCCCGAGCCAGAAUUGCAAGGUCUACUACGUGCAGAGCGACGACGAAAUCCGCGACUUUUACAAGUUCCGUGCCCUGGUACUCAGUCCUGCCGCCAACACAAUUGCGAUCACCUUUGGCGGAUCCAUCAAGUAUGUCUUUUACGUGGAAUGGCGCAUGAGAGACCCUAUCGAUCUGGAGGCUUGGAAGAGCUUGGAAACCAGGACUGGGCAGAUCCAGACACUCAGAAGCCACCCACCGACAAAACGCCUAGAAGGUGUUGAAGGACGACACCACGAGCUCCGGUUUCUGUUGCAGAAGGAACUUGCUAACAAUUUCUGUACGCGCACUACUAUUAACAAAUGUAUCGAUCUCAAGACCGGGCAUUGUGUUGCGGUCAAGACCAUUGUGGAUCUCAAACACAAGCGCUACAGAGAAGAGGGAGAGUCGCGCAAAGAGAUAACUACGGAUCUGAGCCAUGAGCCUCAUAUAAUUGAGUUUUUCCAAGUUGAAAUCCUGUCGGAUUACUAUCAUCUUGUUAUGGAACUGCAAGACGGAGAUUUAGGUGGCCUUGUAUGCACCCAGGAGUUCAAAAAACCCCUGCAGCUUUUUACCGACACAGAUACUGUUGGACGUCCCAUACUGCUACAGAUGUUGAAAGCCCUGGACUACCUAGCUUUCAAGGAUAUCAUCCAUCGGGAUAUCAAGCCGCAUAACAUUCUCUAUCGACGCAUUAACGGCGCUUAUCACUACCGACUCGCUGACUUUGGCGUUGCAACAGUUGCUCCUCACGAAAUGGUUCGCUGCGGGACCAAAACGUUCAUGGCCCCGGAGGUGGAGGACAGAGACACAGACUUCCCUCAUACGACCCGCAUUGAUGUCUGGGGGCUCGCUAUAUCUGUCUGUUGGAUCUUCGGCCUUGACGCCAGAUGUGGUGAGGGUUCGUCUAUUGACGUGGGACGGCAUGUCAUUUGUCCCAGUUGGACUGGCGUCUUGGGACAAAUGCUUGACCAGGACCCUUUUGAACGACCUUCGGCGGGCGAGGUGUUGACGCUGAUGUUCAAUGGAGAGGGCCGGAUUACUGAUGAGUGA